ACUGGGUGGCGAGGAAGGCAACGCCAUUUUCGCACAGCGUUAGUCCUACUAAAUUAGUCUCUAGUGAUGUUAGACCUAGCUGGGUAGUUAAAUGAAAUUAAAAGUAGCUCGUGUAUUUAGCUAACUUGAAAGAGCAUGUAACACAGGCGAAUAUAUGUCCUUUUUGUUUCGCAAUCUCUUGAUUUACUUUGGUAUGUAGUCACCGAUCAUGCAGCGAUAAGCAAUCAAAUUCGCGGCGUGACAGCUAUGUUAAGGUUAGCUAGCUAAACUGCAUUGGUUUAGGUAUCUCCGGUCAGUAAGGAAGACAAGGGCAAGAUAUUAAAUAGUUUGCUAGGUUAGCUGAGCUAAGUUUAUAAACAGUUAAUAAUUUGGUCUUUGAGGUAUACAACAUUUCAGUUUUGAAUCAGAUUGAAGUCGGACUAACACUUUACUUUUGGCCAACGGAUGUUCAAUAGAACGGAUGCGUGAGAACAUGUCCACCAUGGUGUGUUUGAAGGAGGAGGAAGACCCUGGGGAGAAGCUGUCCCAGGAUGAGAUCAUCUCCAGGACCAAGCAGGUGAUCCAGGGCCUGGAGGCUCUGAAGCAGGAGCACAACUCUAUCUUGGAGGGCUUGCUGGGCACGCUGCGCUGCCUGAAGCAGGAAAACCAGGGUGUCCUGGUGGAGGAGAAGUCUCUCAUGAUCCGCAAGUCCCUGGAGAUGCUGGAGCUGGGCCUGGGCGAGGCACAGGUGAUGAUGGCGCUGUCGGGCCACCUGAGCUCUGUGGAGUCGGAGAAGCAGAAGCUGCGGGCACAGGUUCGUCGGCUGUGCCAGGAGAACCAGUGGCUGAGGGACGAACUGGCGGGCACCCAGCAGAAGCUGCAGAAGAGUGAGCAGAGCGUGGCUCAGCUGGAGGAGGAGAAGAAACACCUGGAGUUCAUGAACCAGCUCAAGAAGUACGACGAGGAUCUGUCGCCAUCGGAGGAGAAGGACUCUGACUCCAGUAAAGAGAAUCUGGAUGAUCUGUUCCCAGACGACCAGGAUGACCAACCUCCUGGCAUCCAGCAGCCCCACGGUAGUGCAGCAGCAGCAGCAGCCCAGCAGGGAGGCUAUGAGAUCCCGGCCCGCCUUAGGACCCUUCACAACCUGGUGAUCCAGUACGCCUCCCAGGGCCGCUACGAGGUGGCCGUGCCCCUCUGCAAACAGGCCCUGGAGGACCUGGAGAAGACCUCCGGACACAACCACCCGGACGUGGCCACCAUGCUCAACAUCCUGGCCCUGGUCUACAGGGACCAGAAUAAAUACAAAGAGGCAGCCAACCUGCUGAACGACGCCCUGGCCAUCAGGGAGAAGACUCUGGGCAGGGACCAUCCAGCGGUGGCUGCUACACUCAACAACCUGGCUGUGCUCUACGGGAAACGGGGGAAGUACAAGGAAGCGGAGCCCCUUUGCAAGCGGGCUCUGGAGAUCCGGGAGAAGGUUCUGGGUAAGGACCACCCAGACGUUGCCAAGCAGCUGAACAACCUUGCCCUGCUGUGUCAGAACCAGGGCAAGUAUGAGGAGGUGGAGUACUACUACCAGCGGGCCCUGGAGAUCUACCAGACCAAACUGGGCCCUGACGACCCCAAUGUGGCCAAGACCAAAAACAAUCUGGCAUCCUGUUACCUGAAGCAGGGGAAGUUCAAGCAGGCUGAAACUCUGUACAAAGAGAUCCUUACCCGCGCACAUGAGAGGGAGUUUGGCUCCGUAGACGAUGAGAACAAACCCAUUUGGAUGCAUGCUGAGGAGAGAGAGGAACAGAGCAAGGGAAAGCAGCAGGACGGCUCCCUGUUCGGAGAGUAUGGAGGCUGGUACAAGGCCUGUAAAGUAGACAGCCCCACAGUAACCACCACCCUGAAGAAUCUGGGCGCCCUCUACAGGCGGCAGGGUAAAUUUGAGGCGGCAGAGACACUGGAGGAGGCAGCCAAGCGCUCCAGAAAACAGGGUCUGGACACAGUGCACAAGCAGCGUGUGGCGGAUGUUCUGAGCGAGCCGGAGGAGCAGGAGAAGCAGCGGAGCCGUGAGAGUCUGACCUCCGACACCACGGUCAAGUACGAGAGCGGCCCGGACGGGGGCGAGGAAGUGAGUAUGAGCGUGGAGUGGAACGGGGACGGUUCUGGUUCUCUGAAGCGGAGCGGCUCCUUCAGUAAACUCCGUGCCUCUAUUCGCCGCAGCAGCGAGAAACUGGUCCGCAAGCUGAAGGGCGGUGGCUCACGGGAGAGCGAGCCCAAAAACCCUGGCAUGAAGCGAGCCAGUUCACUAGGUGUUCUAAACGUGGUGGACAAUGCUGCCGGAGACCUCUACCAAGUAAGGAGCUCAACUGUCUCUCCAUCUUUCACAUCACCCAAUCUUGCCCCAUUGUUUUCUGGGUCUCUCCUCGCUCAUCCUCCCCUUUGUUUGUUUAUCUACCUCAUUGUCUUACACUACUCUCUGAGACCUCACUUUAUGAAACUCAAAUUCCCAAUGGUCCUCUUGGUUGUGAUCAAACUGGCCCUUGCCCCUCUUCACCUGGGCAGUCAUCUCAGAAAUUGGUCACUAAUGAAAUGGCGAACAAUGUGUGUGGGAACAUCAGUGGUUCACAGACUAACAUGUUUUUUCAUGGUGUUCUCUCAUUUAUAACCCCUUAGUCACAAAUUGCAAUAAUGAAUGAUGUGCAAGGUAGAUGUGGGAAAUAACACCUUUUGACAGUUGAUUUCUGUGGCUGUAUGAUGAGCGAGGAAAUGAGAUCAAAGAUGAACCAGGGAUAAUAGUUUGCAACCAGAUGAUCAACAGCAACCUUUUUUUUAAAAGUUUUACUCCUGUUAUUAACUGACUUGUAUCAAUUGUUCAGAAAGAUUCAUCUGAAUGGUUUGAUUUGAGAAUAUGCAUCACUGGACAAUGGGACCUUUCUACAUGGUGAUAUACUGGUUCUGCCAAUCCACCAUACGAUAAGGGUGUGACUCCAGAAUACAGUGCCGGUCUGUGCACCACUCAUCACUGUCACCGAGCUCCAGAUUUUGACAUCUCAUUUAUAUUAUGUACCACAUUCCCCAAAUAUUCAAUAGCGAUACUCAACAGUGCCUUAUUCACGCCCCUUGACUUUUUCCAUGUUAUGUAUUACAGCCUGAAUUUAACAUUGAUUAAAUUAAGAUUUUUGGUCACUGGCCUAAAUAUAAUACCCCCUAAUGUCAAAGUGGAAUUAUGUUUAUUUUUUAUUUGUACUAAUUCAUUAAAAAUGAAAAGCUGAAAUGUAUUGAGUCAAGUACUCAACCCCUUUGUUACGGUAAACCGAAAUAUGUUCAGGAGUAAAAAUGUGCUUAACAAGUUGCAUGAACUCACUCUGUGUGCAAUAGUGUUAACAUGAUUUUAAAUGACUAACUCAUCUCUGUAUCCCACACAUACAAUGAUCUGUAAGGCCCCUCAGUCGAGCAGUGAAUUUCAAAAACCGAUUCAACCACAAAGACCAGGGAUGUUUUCCAAUGUCUCGCAAAGGCCACCUAUUGGUAGAUUGGUAAAAAAUACAAUAAAAACGGAUGCUGAAUAUCACUUUGAGCAUGGUGAAGUAAGUUAUUAAUUACACUUUUGUGUGCCAAUACACCAGUUACUACAAAGAUACAGGCGUCCUUCCUAACACGGUUGCCGGAGAGGAAGGAAACCGCUCAGGGAUCUCACCAUGAGGCCAAUGGUGACUUUAAAACAUUGUUUAAAACAGGAGUUUAAUGGCUAUAAUAAGAAAAAACUGAAGAUGGAUCAACAUUGUAGUUACUCCUCAAUACUAACCUAAAUGACAGAAGGAAGCCUGUACAUCAAAGUAUUCCAAAACAUGCAUCCUGUUUGCAACAAGGCACUACAAUAAUACUACAAAGAUUUUAGCAAAGCAAUUCACUUUUUGUCCUGAAUACAAAGUGUUAUGUUUGGGGCAAAUCAAAUGCAUCACAUUACUGAGUUAUCACACCAUAUUUUCAAGCAUAUUGGUGGCUGCAUCAUGUUAUGGAUAGGCUUGUAAUUGUUAAGGUCGGGGGAGUUUAUCAGGAUAAAAAAUAAACUGAAUGGAGCUAAGCACAAGCAAAAUCCUAGAGGAAAACCUGGUUCAGUCUGCUUUCCACCAGACACUGGGAGAUGAAUUCACCUUUCAGCAGGACAAUAAUCUAAAACACAAGGCCAAAUCUACGCUUUCUUACGAAGAAGACUGUAAAUGUCCCUGAGUGGCCGAGUUUGACUUAAAUCUGCUUAAAUCUAUGGCAAGAAUUGAAAAUGGUUGUCUAGCAAUGAUCCACAACCAAUUUGACAGAGGUUGAAGAAUUUUUUAAAGAAUAAUGUGCAAAUAUUGUAUAAUCUAGGUGUGCAAAGCUCUUAGACUUACCCAGAAAGACUCCGCUGUAAUCGCUACCAAAGGUGAUUCUAAUAUGUAUUGACUCAGGGGUGUGAAUAAUUGUGUAUAUGAGAGAUUUCUGUAUUUAAUUUUCAAUAAAUUUGCAGAAAUUCUAAAAACAUGUUUUUACUUUGCCAUCAUGGGGUAUUGUAUGUAGAUGGUUGAGGAAAAAAACAAAAUGACUCGGUUUUGAAUCAGGCUGUAACACCUCAAUGUCAAGGGGUAUAAAUACGUUUUCAAGGCACUGAAUCUAUAUAUAUUGAAUCUGUUCCUAGGCCGUCAUUGAAAAUAAGAAUAUGUUCUUAACUGACUUGCCUAGUUAAAUAAAAUGUAAAUAUUUAAUAUAUUCAAGAAAAACAGACAUUUUCUUCAUGGAAAUGUGAAGGAUGUUUUAUCUGUGAUGUUGGACCCUCUACAUUAAUAGUUUUUUUGUUGUAUUUCUUCAACCUAUUCUGAAUCCUAUUCCCUCUGUUGCCUU